UGAUGAAACAGCUGCUGCAGUUCCUGGGGGAGGACAACCAGACGUUCAAGAAGCAGGAGUUUGCGAGGCCACAUCGCACAGUCCUCCUUCAGCAUCUGGCUAGUCCAAAGGCCCUGCUGCGCUUGGGGGCAGUCGCCCGCUCAGUUGCAGAGAAGACUGCGGCCGCCUGGUCGGUGUAUGCAGAACAGGGCCUGAAAGUGGACCUCAGCGCUGAGCUUACGGCAGCCGCUGCUGAAGUCAUGACUCAGGGGCUGUUCGGAGAGCCGUUUGAGCGCUUGAGCGCCGAGGACAAGGAGGGCUUUGUGAAGCACCUGGCAGUUGCGGCAGACGGGGCGACCAAGUGGAGCACGAAGGUGGUUACCCCAUUUUGGAACAGCGGCUACCGCGCAGCGGCGCAAAGCUCCACCAGAUCGCCGGCCGCAUGCUCCAGAACAGCCGCCCCGGGGACGAGCCCAACCUAGUUGCGGCCGCCCUUCGCAGCCGCCACACCGACGGGGGGCGAGUUGUCAGCUCCCCAGAGGAGAGGACGUCGUUCCUGGUGGGAGCCGCGUUUGGGGGGUACGACACGACUGCGAUGGCCAUGUGCUGGGCGGUUCUGAAGAUGGCGGAGCACCCAGAGGUGCAAGCGAAAGUGCAACAGGAGCUGGACGCGCUGGUCGAGGGGGAGGCGCCGACGCAAGAGGAACUUCCCCGGCUAGACUACCUCGGCGCUGUCCUUUUGGAGACUGGCCGGCUGUGGCCCGCUGCAUCCGCACUUCUGCGCUGCUCAAUUGACACGGAUCUGAAGGUUGGCGGGUACAAGGUCCCUGCGGGGGCUAGCAUCGUCGUGCCCAUCCAAGCCAUUCAUCGGAGCACCGAGGCUUGGGGCGAUGACGCCCGCGAGUUCCGACCCGACAGGUGGAAAAGGACCAGCCAGUCUCUGUCAGGCCUUCCGGGUGUAGUGUCGAAAACCAAAACCGUGGAAACAGAGCUUGCAAAAAGCUCUCAAGCGGAAAGUGCGGUUGAGCAUGACGAAGGGGAAGAAGCCGGCCGGAAACUUGUCGACCUGACUUACGCGGCUUCGUUGCCACUAGUCGGGGAUGAGAAGUCACGGCCCAUCUUCACGUUUGGAGGGGGCCCGCGGUCGUGUGUGGGCCGCCUCUUCUCGUUGACCGAGCAGAAGAUAAUGCUGGCCACCCUGCUGAAGCGGUAUAGAGUCGAGCUAGUGCCCGGCCAGGGUCCUUUUUCGCAGAGCAUCCGGGGGUUCGUUGCGAGGCCGACGCCAAGCCCAGAGAUUAUACUCGUCAAAAGAUGAAACCGGCUUCUUAUUCUGUCAAGGCGAAAGACUCCGGCGUCAAAAAGCCCACUGUAGUGGCAAUCGGGCCGUGGGCCUCUGUUGUGCCAAGUUUUUAUCCCCUUCCGUACGCGAGGAUAAAUGAGGAUGAGUCUCGGCUAGGUUGAGUGGUUGUUCUGCGGCAGUCGGCUGUUAGCCUGGAAGUUCUGCAUGUGCUUAAUUUAUGCACGAUUCAACUCAGUUGAAGAUGCUGUCGUCACAUUGGCCGCUUGAUGAAGGCCAUGUGAAGACCCUAAACAUAGUGAUUGGUACAGCUAGCUCGAC